AUGAUUAUCCAACCCGGUAAAGGAACAGCCAUCCAAUCAACAAGGCCAGAACUUAUUGGGACGUUCAUCCAAUACGUCGGAUCCGGAAAGCUGAAGGGCCAAAAAGUUCUUAUCACCGAUGGAGAUUCCGGAAUUGGCCGCACCGUCGCAAUCCUCAUGGCGAAAGAAGGUGCCGAUAUCACGAUUGCGCACGCCCCCGAGAAGACCGAAGAGGCCGAAGACACGAAGAGAUUGAUAGAAUCAGAAGAUCGGGUCUGUCUUCUCGUGCCGGGGGACUUGUCGAAACGGGAAUAUUGUCGGAGGGCUGUAGACGCACAUAUGCAUAGGUUUGCAAAGCUAAACGUUCUAGUGAAUAAUGCAUCCAGACAAAACCUGUACCGGGACCUGUCACAGCUUGUCCACGACCGGAUAGGACCAAUCUUCCAAGGCAAUGCCGUCCAGAUGAUUGCCAUGGCGAAAUAUGCGCUGCCGUUUAUGUCGAGGGGCGAUUCCAUCAUCAACACCACCUCCGUCGUUGACGUCCGCGGUGCAGAUUCCAUGGCCGAUUAUGCGGCCACAAAAGGUGCCAUUUUUGGUUUUACGCGGUCAUUAGCGCCGCAAUUGAUUCCGAAGGGUAUCAAAGUUAACUGUGUCGCACCUGGGGUUAUAUACAAGCCCGUACAAAGAAGAACUGAGAUGGAGGGUUGGAGAUCGUCUAAUUUUCUCGUUCGAAUCGUUGAACCGAGUGAGGUUGCAACUAGUUGCGUCUUUUUGGCUAGCGAGAAGGCUUCGCUUUAUUCGGGAUAUAUGUUUCCUUUGAGUGGGUAG